AAGUUUAACACGUUUCAGAACUCUCUUAAGUACGGAAUUUGUUUGUCUAGUGAACAAGUGAGUUGGGAGAGAGAACUUCGUUACACGCUUACGUCACAGCACCUGCAAGUCCUCGCGUAGGGUAAAGACGUAAUGGUGUGAGGGACGAACCCAUAGUUCUUACUGAAAUAAACAGGGUUCGUCGUUUUACGUUGAGUUAUUCAGCAUUGCCUUUAAACGUUUAAACUCUUCACUAUGGACAGCGAAGAAGUUGCAAUGAAAGCUGCGAAGAGACGAGAACGCCAAUCAGGUCCAUGCAGCACUUUACAUGAUACGGAAGCCUUAGAGAGUGGAGACUCCGAUAUUGGCUUCUGUGGUUGGCUGUUGGUGGGACUGUCGCUUCUUCUCAUGGUGGUCACACUGCCCCUCUCCAUUUGGAUGUGCAUUAAGAUUGUGAAGGAGUAUGAGAGAGCCAUUAUUUUCCGCCUGGGACGCCUUCUGCGAGGAGGAGCCAAAGGACCAGGUUUGUUCUUCAUCUUGCCGUGCACUGACAGCUUUAUUAACGUGGACAUGCGCACCAUCACCUUCGACAUCCCACCACAAGAGGUUUUGACCAAAGACUCGGUGACAGUGAGCGUGGAUGGCGUAGUGUACUACCGAGUCCAGAAUGCAACUCUGGCUGUGGCCAACAUCACUAACGCAGAUGCUGCCACUCGCCUGUUGGCCCAGACCACGUUGAGGAAUGUUCUUGGUACCAAGAACCUGGCGGAGAUCCUGUCUGACCGUGAAGAAAUUGCACACAGCAUGCAGUCUACUCUUGACGAUGCAACUGAUGAUUGGGGCAUCAAGGUGGAGCGGGUGGAGAUCAAGGAUGUCAAGCUGCCCCUGCAGCUCCAGAGAGCCAUGGCAGCCGAGGCUGAGGCCACACGGGAGGCCAGGGCCAAGGUUAUUGCCGCAGAGGGAGAGAUGAAUGCCUCGAGGGCGCUAAAGGAGGCGUCACUGGUGAUCGCCGAGUCUCCGUCCGCCUUGCAGCUGCGCUACCUGCAGACCCUCAACACCAUUGCGGCCGAGAAGAACUCCACCAUCAUUUUCCCUCUGCCUCUGGAGAUGAUGCAGGGUUUCGUCAAACACUGAAUAGCAAAGCGUCGUCCGCAAGUAAAACGCACAUACACACACUAUAUUUUCCCCUACUUGUGUUGUUCUCCAAACACAUACAAGUGCCUGCUAGACACACACACCCACAUUCUCUCGCUGCGUAGUUCAUCUAUAUCGCCUGACGCUGCCGUACCGCUGAAACCACUGCCAGCAUAUGCUUUAUUUUAUUCACAUUUUAAAAAAUAGAUUUUUAAUAUUGUUUUGCUUGCUUGUUCCCCACAUUCUCACAUUUGACAAAAAUCAAUUAAGUAGAAAACUAUACCAAAUUCCUCCUAUUACAGCAAAUUAUUAUUCAACGUAGACGAAUACUCCAUGUAAGUCAUAUCAAACUUAGCAACACGUUGCUAGGCGGAAUUGGUUGAGCACAUCAAAACCACUCACAUCCCUCCCCUUUGCAUAUUUGUUACGUACUGUAUGUUGUUUAGAGCCAUGUCGUGAAUCCACAUAGUAUGUGUGUUCUAACUAGAGGACUUAGAGUAUAAUUGUACUAACCUGCAUGAGGGCUGUACAGCUGCAUUAGAAAAGACGUGUAGAGGUUGUGGACUGGAGGAGUGGCAUGCAAUUAACAGUUCAAAUACCCUGAAUGGUGCCAUAUUUUUUGAUCUAAGCUCCUAUAAUACAGCUCUACUGUAUUGUGGAAUACUAUAAAGCUGUGAUUUAUUUUUUUUAAGAAACAGUUUAUUCCCUGUGACUGGCUCAAGCCAUGCAGCUUAUUUCAGAAAACAAACUGAUCUUGUACUAACCUGCAUGAGGGCUGUACAGCUGCAUUAGAAAAGAUGUGUAGAGGUUGUGGACUGGAAGAGUGACUUCCUCAAGCCACGCAGUUUAUUGCAGAAAUCAAACUAAUCUUUGAGCAAAAAGCCUUAACUUACAUCCACUUUUCUAUGCAUUUGCAAACAUAGCCUGAGAAGUUUUUAUUAAUUUAGCCAAGCAAGCAGGCAAAAAACAAACCAAAUAGUCCAUAGUCUUUUAACUAUUGACUUUUUUUUUUUAUGAGAGCAUACGCUGUUACAGUGAAUUUCUAGCUUAGUAGUACUAAACCACAUAGAAUAUAUCUCAAUAUGUGUUUCACUCGAUUCUAUCAAAUGUAUUCACAUCCAUCUAAUGGUAGAUGGUUCAGCUUUGAGAAGUUAAAUAUGCAUUAUAACUGUAAUCAUUUUCUUACUUAAUAGUGAUGUUACAUUUGUUUUGUAAAGGGUAAGAUUGCACCAGAUGUUUAUCAGUGUUUUAACACUUGAUUAUUUGUACCAAGGAAAUCCAGUAGAAAAAAUUUUUAAAAAAUAUAGUUUAUAUUGACUCACACCCAAAUACUUUAACUGCAUAGAAAUGUAGUAUUGUCUAUAAAGUCAUGUACACUCCUGAUCAAAAUCUUAAGACCAGUUGAAAAUUUGCUCGAAUUUUCAUUUUGCGCAGUUGGAUCUUAAUGAGGUUUUAAGUAGAGCUACAACAUGCAAAAACAAGAAGGGGGAGUGAGACAAAAAGCAUUUUGAAAAAGUCAUUUAUUGAAAACAACAAUUCAACUGAAACAGGCUGUUUAUCAGCUGAUCAAAAGUUUAAGACCAUCGCUCAAAAAAUAACAAAAAACUCUCCAAACCAGAACAAAAAAUGUUCUCAGUAGGACUCAGUAAUGAGUAGCGCCACCGUUCUUGUUAAUCACUUUAAAAAUUGCUUUGGGCAUCUUGAUGCGAGUGUUUCCAGGAGGCUAGUGGGCACAUUGCUCCAAGUGGUGAAGAUGGCUUCAUGAAGGGCAUCAACUGACUGGAACUGAUGGCCAUUUUUAUGAACUACCCUUGCCAUUCAUCCCCAAAUGGAUGGCAAAUCUAUGGGAUUUAAAUGAUCAGCUGAUAAACAGCCAAUUGUUGUUUUCAAUAAAAUGCUUUUUGUCUCACUCCCCCUUCUUGUUUUUGCAUAUUGUAGCUCUACUUAAAAAAGAUCCAAAUGUUCAAAAUGCAAAUUCUAGCAAUUUUUCAACCGGUCUUAAGAUUUUGAUCAGGAGUGUAUUACUAAAAUUUCAAAUGAAAUGUAUUUGUUUUUGCUUUGUUUUUCUGUAUUUGACAGAAGAUUGUUCAGAUCCCAAAGCUGUAAGUGCAUUUUUGUUCGGACACAAUAUUAAAGAUGCUGUCAAAUGA